GCCGCUUCCUCAGUGCUCUACACAGUAUGGCCGGCGAUAUUAGCUAGCGCUCGCUUACGUUGUUCUCUGCUACAGGGAAGACGGUAACUCAAGACAAGCAAACAACCAGAUUGUUAAAAUACUGUACCUCAAUAAGUUAAAGCGAACCAAGGAACGACCAUUUUAAGCUGUAAACCAUACUACCAAGGUUUGACAGACUAUUGAGGUGUCUGUUGUCUCAUCAUGAUGAUGGAGGAUCAGGAUAACGGUGCACAUUUCUUCGAGGGGACCGAGAAGCUGCUGGAGGUCUGGUUCUGCCGCCAGGAUGACACUAAGGGCACCGGGGACCUCCGCUCUAUCCCAAGGUUUGAGUGGGAUAAACUUCUGGAGAAUGUGCACUGUUUGAUCAUAAGUGUGACAAAGACUGACAAGCAGGAAGCUUAUAUACUCAGUGAGAGUAGCAUGUUUGUCUCCAAGAGACGUUUCAUUUUAAAGACAUGCGGAACCACCCUCUUACUGCAAGCACUGGUUCCUUUACUGGAGCUCGCCAGGGAGUACUGCGGCUUCGACAGCAUUGAGAACUUCUUCUACUCCCGCAAGAACUUCAUGAAGCCCGCCCAUCAGGAGUUCCCUCAUCGAAACUUUCAGGAGGAAGUCGACUUUCUGAGCCAGAUUUUCCCAAAUGGUGCAGCCUACUGUAUGGGACGUCUGAACUCUGACUGCUGGUACCUGUUCACUCUGGACCUGCCGGAGUACUGGGAGAACAACCAGGCAGAUCAGACGCUGGAGGUUCUGAUGAGCGACCUUGAUCCAGCUAUAAUGGACCAGUUCUACAUGAAAGAUGGUGUUUCUGCAAGUGACGUCACUCGUAUGAGUGGGAUUCGUGACCUGAUACCAGGUUCUGUAAUCGACGCCACGCUGUUCAACCCUUGUGGAUACUCCAUGAACGGAAUGAAGACUGACGGAACGUACUGGACCAUUCACAUCACCCCAGAGCCCGAGUUCUCCUACGUGAGCUUUGAAACCAACCUGUCGCAGACGUCCUACGACGAGCUGGUCAGGAAGGUGGUGGAGGUCUUCAAGCCGGGGAAGUUUGUGACCACGCUUUUCGUCAACCAGCGCUCCAAGUGUCGCAGCGUCUUCUCCUCCAAUCAGAAGCUGGAUGGCUACAAGCGGCUCGACCGUCAGUUGGCUCAAUUCAACGACUACAACUUUGUCUUCUCAAGCUACACUAAGAACCGCCAGCAGAACCAGCAGAGCUGAGGCCGGAGGAUGAAGAGGCGGCGCAAAAGCCCGGGCGGGCCCCCGCGGCCCUCCCUUUGCGCCCGGCUUCUGCAUUUAACAGAAAGCUUUCCGUCUUCCUCCUCCCUCCUCUUCCUCCGCUGUACCGCAGCGUCUAGUUGUCGUUUCUGUGACGUAGAUCUCCCGCAUGAGAGCUCCCGUCUGCCUGUUCCCGCUCGCCGCCACUGCGACGGUCGGAGGCCGCCCCUUUGCUUGCGGUGCGGCGGCCCCUUCCUGCAGGUGCGCCCCCUCAUCCCCCACAGACAGGGCUUCCGCCCGCCAUAGAUUCCGGUUCCUGGCAUCCUCUGACCGACCGGUCUCGACUCGUUUUAGUCACCAAACGGCUUUUUCCUGUCUGACGGGGCUGCCGUUUAACCCCCCUCCCCAGCCUCACACUGUGGGGUCCAGAAUGCGGUUCUGGGGGGUGCUGGAUGAUCCACAUUGACUGCAAGCUAGUUUGGACCCCAAAUGCUGACCCGUCUCCUUUGUCAGAGAAAAUCCUGGAGACCUCGUCCCCCCCCUGCUGACCAAACAUCAGCCGCGGGGGACGUCCCACCCUGAAUGGGGGGUGGGGGGUGAAUCAGACUGUGAGUCAGCGUUUUCCUUUCUGGGCUGGGGGGGUGCAGAAAUGUGCCAGAGGCCUGCAGGUCUGAGCAUGCCAGGGCGACCCCGGAUCAUUCCACACAUAACCGCUGCUGAACAGCUCUGCUCAUGCUGCCUGUCGCCCCCACCACCCCCCCAUCUUUUUUUGCAGUGAAUCAAUGGAAAUAUUGUAGGCCAGCAGUUUUUUUGCGCGGGGCGGGGUUCUUCCGGACGCAUGCCACUUCUAGUUCUCGCCGCCUUUUCAUUCGCUUUGACCAGCUGUCGCCGUUUUCAGGGGAGGAGGGGUUCUUCCUGCGGCUUCACCUGUGCUUAAUCCCACCCCCAGCUGUGAGCUCAGGUCCCGCCCUACGACAGAACCUGCUCCUAGCUCCGUCCCACUGUGGGCGCCGUAGCGGCUCAGACUGGACCAGCAAAGAACCAGAACUGGGGCGAGUUCCCCUCAGGUUUUAGGACCAGGUUCUGCUCCGGACCUCCUCUCUCAGCCACAGCCGGCCUCUUCUGCUGAAGAACUUUGGGUUUCUCCAGCAGAACCGGCUGUGGUCCUGGUGGUGGUUGGGUUAAGCACACGUCGCCCCGAUUGGGUGGGUUUUUUGUGUUUGUUUGUUUUUCUACAGAAGAAUAAUUUCUGGAUUUUUCUACAAAAUCUUUUGUAUUUCUGCUCUGGACCAACCUUCCCGUCCGUCCGUCAGUCGCUGUACUUCCACUUCGUUUUUCGGUUGAUUUCUGGACCCCCCCCCCCCCCCCCCUUCAUUUUAUGAGGAGGGGCGGUGGGGGUCAAGAUGCCUCCCCCCAGGUGAGAGGGUGCAGUUAUGCGUCAGGACACACUGUAGGAGACUCUGCUGUUUCACUUUGUUCUGCUGAUCCUUGGUCAAUCUGUGCUAAAUAUAUCUGUGCUAUGAGCUUCAAUAAAUGACUAUCUGUGAA